AUGACUUUGCAACAAUUUUCUUUCCCUCCAGAUGAUGAAAUGGGCUCAAGCGAUUUUGUAUUUCUAUUAUCCCAUUCCUUGUGCAAUCGUCCAACUUCAUUCAUUGCCAUGUCUAUAUUUUCCCCUAUCGUGUCGAGCGCGGUACAUCAAAUUGUCAUUAGGCACCAAAUGAUACUCACUCACUGUUUCAUACGACAUGUUCGAUCAGAGUGCAAAUAUUCUGAAAGAACUCUGUAUGGGUGGUCGAUAGCAGACACCGCAAAACAUCACCUUUACGCUCUAAUCAAGAUUUAUAGUCCACCGCAACCACCAGCGUCGAUUUUAAACACAAAAAUAUAA